AUUGGUGAAGACAUUUCACAUUGUUAGAGCGGCCACUUGAGUAUCUGGUCAAUAUGGAUCAUCUUUGGUUCAUUCCUCAUGUGUGGAUGAUUGAGGUCUGCGCUGCAGCUCGUUUGGAUGUUUUCUGUCGCGGCUGUGCACAUAAUGAUAUUUAGCGAAAUUAUUUCAGUCGUAACGGAGCAUGAUUUGUCAACGCAAUGUUGCAAAUGGUGGGGUGUCGUUACAAAAGUUCAUAACAAAGAUGCAAAACAUCAACUAGCAGGGUGCCAGUAGCUAGCAAUGCUAACUAGCUAGCUGGUAACAUUACCGUUAGCAUUUUUCACAAGCGUGUUUUAUCUAAUGUUACAUUCGAGUUAAAUAUAGUGAUAUGGCACAUAGGAAAGAAGUAUUCCAGUCUAAAGUUCUUCAGAGGCUGUACCCCUUACCUCCCAAGCUUGAGAAAGAACCCAGCUCUUCACCCCCCGAGUUUGUUCUCGACAAGUCCUCUGUGAAACAGAAAGUAGGCCUAGAGGAGUGCACUAUCACUGGAGAUGGAGGGAUAAUACCAUCCUCGACCCAGCCAGGCAGACGAAUGUACACAGUCGUAGCUCCCCCUGCAGAAUACAAGACAGGUGCAGAGGGAUCUGUCACGCUCUCUCAGCCAGCAUACAUAAAUACUGUGCAAGACCCAGCUGAUGAGAACACUCAUGAGUCUGAAGGAGAGGGAGAAAGACAACGACUGAGAAGAAGAAGAAAGAGGAAGGGAAAAACAGCUCCAGGAGGAGGGACAGUCACGGGACAGGCUACAGACUCCAACCCUGGGGAUCCAACCAUGGCUCCGACCCCCACGGAGGAGAAAGGAGAGCGGCUCAGCAAGAACAAGAGGAGGAAGCUAAAGAAGAAACGCCACAAAGAAAAGCUCCUGUCUCUGGGUCUGAUGCCCCGCGCUGCAGCUCUGGAGUUCACCUACCAGAGAGAGGGGAAUGGGGAGGAUGACGAGAUGAGGCAGAGAAGAGCAGCUGAAGUGAUGGACUUCCUAAGGACCACACAGGAGAUCUAUGUGUCUGAUCGCUCAUUGCCUGCAGGCAGGCUCCAUGUGUCCUCAGGGGUAGUGGAGGGCCUUCUGACCAGCCUGUCCAAUGGAACAUUCCCCCCUCCUGUUUUGGCCCAACUCCACAGCCUCAAGUCCCUGGUGCAGCAACAGGACACGGAGAGGCUUGCCAAGGCUCUGCAAGAGCUCCAGAACAGCUCUACCAUGUCUCCUAGUGAGGCCACUGCAGUUGUGUCCUUAUUUCAGUACUGGAUCACAGACAUCCUGCCCCUGCAGAGACUGGAAGACAGGCCAACCAACAACACAACCUUCCUAGUUGAACCAACCAACAACACAGCUUAGACUUUCCUAGAUGUUCAAAGUUUUAAACAAUACUACUGAUGGAAAAUGUAUCUGAAUCAUACAUUGUGUGCCCACAACCACAACUGUUUGAUAAGACCACUGCAUACAAAUGUUCUUAAAGGUGAUACCUGUCAUGAUGUUGCCCUCUUUGGGUACAGCAAGCCCAUCCCCCUCUCCCUGCCUCCUUCAACUAGGCUGCUGUGGUCAGAGAGGUCGUAAAUUCCUGAGAAGACCCUGCCUCAUGGCCACAGUAUAAGAGACGGAGUGAAUUUUCAUAGAGAACAAAGGAAUUUCUUCCACUUCACAGAACUUGAGGUCCGAACAAAUUUCAUGUUCCGGACAAGGUAUAAAAGAUCGGGUGAAGAAUCCAGCUACGAACUGGUCCGUUUGUUACAUUUUGGGGAACCUCAUGGGAGACUGUGUGGCCACAUUGCCAUAACGCUGUUUAUAUAAUAGCCUCGGAUAUGAGGUUUUACAUCUAAUUGUUGUAUAAGGAUGAAUGAGUGCGUAUGAUACUGUUUGUAAAAUUGUGUGAUGUGAUUUUUGGACUGUUUAAUGAAGGAAACUCCAAUUCCCUUUUUGAGUUUAACUAAAUCUGAGGACUUCCCCUGAGCCCAGUUAGGGUCAGGCAUCCUGGGACAGCCCUUUUCUGCAAUUCCAAAUAAAACCCAACUUUGAGAAAUUAUCACCAGACCAUGUUUUCCUCCAUUACGAGGGUACAAAGGUUGUAGACCAUUGCUGAAUAUUUUAACCAUACCACGUGGUUAACCUCUCACUGUCGAUACCAACAGAAAAAGAACAAGUCUUUGAUAUUAAUUACUAGUCUGCAGCUAGGAAUUCGGUAUCAUUGAAUGCCAAGAACGACAACCGCUGAAACAUCCGUUCUAUAACGAAUGAAUGAAUGUCACUGAACAAUCCACUCUAACCACGAGAGAGGGAGAGAGACGGACAAUUCUACAAAAGAAACCAACUUUUCACCAGCGAUCAAGACGACACACUGAGCGUCAAUAUAUAUAUAUUGAUUGCACUUGUUCCCGAAUGAGGUGAGGGUUCAUGUGCAAAGGAUUAGCAUUUCAAUUGUUAAAAUGAUCAACUCUGUGGUGACUUCUCAGCUGACUCCCCGUUUUGUCCACCAAGCCGCGAUGCUGGUUUAGCCCACUAGGGCACAUUCCCUUAUCAUUUCUUGUAACCUUAUUGACUUUGUUUAUGCAUUUCUGUGAAUUACUUAGUUAGUAAUAAAUACAUGAUUUAAGACAAUUGAUGUAUGGAUGACUCAUAGUGAAGACUGGGUUCAUGCAGAUAACCAACAAUUUACGACAUUUGGAAUGAGACUAACGUGAGGUAAAUCAUUCAUUAAUCAGAAGACUAUUUGAUCAGAUAUAAAAUAUCUGAAAAGUUAUUUUAGGAAAUGAUAGUUUUGUAAUCUGAAUAUUUUCCUUGGUGCCCUGACUUCCUAGUUAAUUACAGUUACAUAAUUAAUCAGUUUGAUCGCGUAAUGCUAAUUACUGAGAAUCUUGGAUAAAAACUAAGUCUUCAAUUUAAUGAUAGUAAAGACAUGACAUACCUGUAAGAUUUUUUUGUUGUUGAAUUUUUGCAUUGUAAUUUCUGGAAAAUGUCCCUAAUAUCUGCAGUAAUAGUGGAAUGAUAGUAUUACUGUCCCACCUUGUGACUGGUUGUGAUAUUCGGCCUAUUGAUUUAUCCUGCCGGGCUGGCAUCUGUCAAAACAGGAAAGCUGUUCUGACUUUGGCUGUGUUAUCUAGUGGAAAUUGGAUCAUGUGGCCAAUGUAGAAAUAACUCUUUAAUUUUUUGGUCGCUAAAGUUAUACUCUCAAUUUCAGUUUGAGAUAAAACAAGCACUGAAUAGUGUAGGGAAUCAUUGUACCAUCUAAAUUGCAGUGAAAUGCAUUUUCAAUAACAAGAAAUGUUUUACAGCCGUUUGAAGCUAGUGGACCAAAACAAAGUAAAAGGCUCAAGCGUGAGUCUCUGCCAUGUUAUGGGUAAAUGGAUGCGGUGCAGGGUUUGUUUUGAAUGCAGCCUAGUGCGUAGAACUUUAAAAAAAUAUAUAUAUAUAUAUUAGAAAACAUUUUUUUAUUUUCUCUUCAUUUAUUAAAAAAAAAAAAUGUAAUGCACACGUGAAGCUGUUAAUUAGGAGUGGAUAUGAAUGGAAAUCAAUUAGUGUCUGUGCGUAUUAAAAUGUUUGAUAUA